CCUGCCACUCAGGGGUAGGUGACAUGAUGGCGCAUGAAAACAGGUGAUCGUGAUCACAAAUUACCAGAGUUGUUCCACCCCAAGACCCACCAGGUGAUGAAGUUCUCUCAAAAGUGUUGGAAAAACGUAAAAUAAAAAGUUGAAAAAUCAAGUGGAAAAUUCGGCAAUUCGCAAGUGAUGCAGUGCAUCCUGGAAAAACAAUUGUUUUAACAUGUUUGGUGCCUUAUUGUUAUUUAAUUAUCAUUUGAGACAAUUGUCUUAUCAUUAACUGCGAUAGACACGUUUCAGUGAGGCACACGUACGUGGAACUGUCAGGUGUUACCCUGUCAAAACCUACCAGUACUUUCAAUUUUUCCAUCUGAUGAGAUAGAAUACGUGUCAAGGUGGACUUUUCGGCAGGAUUCCAUAGGUUUUCACAGCAGGUGAUUUCAGGACAAUGUCAUUUCCGCCUCUGGUGAGCUCUACUCCACCGCCUCUGGAUCACAAUUUCCGGGAAUCCGACGAGGAUGAUGAGUUUGGAGACUUUGCAGCAGGUGCACUCGAUGGCUCUUCAACGACCUCGGAAUCUCCCCAGAAAAUGUUGACUCCCCUGCAAACCCCGGUGUCAUCAGUGGCUCCAUCGCCCCGGGUAAAUGGCACGACGUAUUCGCCACUUCCGAAACUCCUGGACCCCAACAAAUCCCUCGACGAUGACCUAAUAAUAACCGUUGAAAAGACAAAUGACACAGUGAGCAGUAUAAAGUUAGGCAAUAGAACAAGCGUCAUAAAAAAUUCCCCACCCACUGACUAUCCCCCAGCUCUUCCCCCUCAGGAAGCCCCACAGGUGGAGGAUAUCCUCAAAAAUUCCCCAGACUUGGAACUAGUAACUCGUAGCAAUAGCAGUAGUCUAGCAGAUAGUUGUUUCAAGAGUGAUUCAUCGACGAAUCCCGAGGGAAUUGACGAUCCCGAGCCCCUGAGUCUCGUCCUAGACGAUCCCACAAUCUCCCAGGAUCACCCAGAGCAUCUGCUGAGACAUCCAGACCUCGAGGACGACUUCUACGACUACGAUAAAUUCAACAACUCCCUCGACCACGAGCCCUACCUCCACAACGUCUCAGAAACACCUGGAGAUCUCCCCCAGCAUCAACUGGGGGACAUAAUCGAGGAUAAAAAUAUCCAGGAAAAAAUCCUCGAGUCCUCUGACAAUAUCUUCGGGGACAUAACAUCGGAAUUCUCGAAUUACCUCAUCAACUCUCACGGGAAUGAAUUUGUUCAUCAUUUUACGAUAUCGGAUGCUGAUGGUGAUCCUGACAAACUCCUGGACGCAUCUCGGGAUAGAGAUGGCAAAUCAAACGAUGAAUUUUCUCCAUUUGAGGUUGCGCUUGAUGGAAAUACCUUGGAAAUCGAGAGUGUUAAUAAUAAUUCCAGUGUAAACGUGUUUCAAGCUGAUUUUUGUGAUGACAGGGGUGAGGGGAAGGAAAUUCGCGAGGCGAUUCAUGUGGGAGAUGAAGAGUUUGAGAGGAGAGAUUUCAAUUUUUUGGAGGCAUUAGAGGGAGAGCCGACACUGGAAAUUUGUCCUAAAAGUGUAGAGAGUUUUGAUGGGCUUCGGGGGUUUCGAGAGGUGGAGGGACAGGAAUUAGGGGAUUCAGAGACUGUUGUGGGGGAGGAAGAGUUCUCAGAGUGGAAAGUGCAGGAUGAUGACUUCGGGGACUUUGCUGACUUCUCCAGUGAACCCGUACCACAGGUGAACAGCGACUGGGGGAAAAUAGAGGAGAUUGGACUUGUGGAGGGGGCAGAUGAUGAUAAUGAUGAUUUUGGGGAGUUUGGGGACUUUGGAUCCUGUCCAGCUACUGUAGAGACCAGUCACAGUAGUUUUGAUUUAAGAGAGUCCAUCUGUCGGAUAGAUAAUAAGAAUGUUGCUAAUAAGAUCGAGGAUAUUAUUUGGAAUAUGUUUCCAACGGUUCCUGAACCCUCUCCUGUUGAUGUGACGACACUGAUAGCAGGAGACGACAUCGUUUGGAAUUUUUUGAAGAAUAUCGAGGAAACGAAUGCCCUGAGCUAUCAGUGGAGCAACAGUGGUAGUAAUAAUGCACUUCUGGCGGCUCUGGGCAUUGAUUCUAGAAAUAUUUUAUUUGGGCCUAGAUGGAAUCCAAAUAUCCCCAGGUUCGCAGCAAAUCUUGGGUACGCACCCCUGGAACCGAUGAAAGCAUCGAACACUGAAGGACAUACAUCAGCAGUGUCUACCUCCAAAACCCAGAAUUCAACGAAUUUGGAAGAGGUUCCUGCAGCUCAAUUCGAUUGGAACAGUUCCGGUCUUGUGAAUCCCCUGGAUGCAAGUGGUGGGCUGUCAGCACUUCUGCCACUAGAUUUAUUGUAUCCAUUCGAUCCUUUACUCACAACUCCUCACUGUUCCGGGCACUCCGAGUCCUAUCACCAUCACGCUGCUUGUGCCAGGAGCUCGAUAUAUUACUAUCCUGGAGACUCUGCAAUAGACUCCGGUGCAGAGGCCGUCGUUUUCAAGCCCCCGAGACAGCCGCAAAUCUCGAGAAUAAUCGAGCCCCUGCCUGGGCCCAGUACAAUCGACUGGAAAAAGAAACCAGAGGUUUCUGAAUCGAAGCCCGAUCCCAGGAUCUCUACCCAGAGGCUUCAAAAACUCAUGCAGAAGCCUCCACCGAAGCCGGAACCCAACAAAUGUGAUAUCAAACCACGCAAGAGCUCUCUGGGAAGAAGAGAGCGAAAUCCAGAGCACGCAGUUCUCGAUAGAUACGGCAGGCAGAUGGUCGUCAAGCCAGAAACUGUUCAGGUCCUCAAACAAUUGCCCGAUUUGUCGUUCCUCAGUGCCAGAACUCUGCUGUUCAAUCCUGAACAGAAACAGAUUGUUCAGGAUCUCGGAGCUAUGAUUAACAGGAAAAUGCCUGGUUGAGUAACCUCGGUCUGAAUACGUGUUUGAAGGGUUUAUGAUUGAAAAAUCUUCGAUAAAAAAUCUUGAAAUUGAAACCCAAAACUGGAGGAUGAAGUACUGAAGUGAGGAUAUCUGAAGAAGCAUUUUACAAUCAGCAAAAUUUAAAAAGGCAACAUCCCAAAAUCUCCGUUUCAAACCUGUGUUCAGACCAAUUAAAUAAAUCAAACGUGUGACGAAGUGACAGUAAAUGAGUUCAAAAAUUAUUUAUCGUAAAAAAAUAUUGAGAGAGUUUAGGAGGAAGUGGAAUAAAAUUUAACGCUGGGAAUUAAAUUGUUUAAAUUCAGAUAAAUUGAAUAAUAAGGGAAGAAUUAAAUUUUGAUCUCAUGUACUUGUAAUUUCUCCACUGAAAGACUCCCCGCUCUUCCCAAAGGUUGCAAACCAAUUUUUCGUGAAUAUUCCUCGAUGCACACUACACAUCUAGUAUUUGUGUGUGAUUAUGCACAUCACAAUUGAUUGACAUUCCGAUUUCCUUAAUUUUUAUUAACAGAACAUUGAGAACAAGAGAUGAGUAUUCCAUUGAAUUUUUUCAUUGCUACAUUAUCAGAUAGAUAAACAAAAUCAUAAGAUUUUGAAUAAUUACACUCGUCUCGUACUUCAAUUAAUCCAAAAUUUAAUUUUUUUAUUCCCCUUUUUUAAUUAAAAAAAAAAUACGUCGUGCCUGCCAGAGGAUUUUGUAAUUACCUACCAGUUUUGUUAAAUGAAUUUUUCUAGUCGACGUGUUUAUCAUUUUUACUAAUUUAUUUAUCUUCCCACAAUUAAUUAAUUUAAGUGAUUGAGUCAAUUAACGAGAAAAGGAUAAUUGAAAUCAAAGAGAAAUCAUUGAUCGAUGAUUCAGGAGUGAAGAGACAAAUUAAGUAUUUAAGUAAUUCGGAUAUUCGUUUUACAACUUUCCCCCUGUAUUAUAGCCAAUUUUCUCAGUUAUUUGUUUCCAAUUGAUUAAAAAACUAUAAUCCAUCACUGAUUAAAGGAUCUCUGAAGGGUGAAAAUUGUGUGAAUACUGAAAUCCAUCACGUUUUUUAUAUGAACAAAUUUAAAAACUAUUUUCUAACGACGACUAUUCAGUGCUCCGUGUCUGCAAUAUAUUAAUCACGAAACAAAAAGUAUUGCGAGUACUUAAUCGAGUGAAUAUGUAUUCUGUGGGUGAAUCCACUUCGUAAAUUGGACGUUCAUUGAUGCUAAUUGUUAUGUUAAUUAUUUAUACCUAUUGUAAUAUAUAUCAUGUAAUAUAUUGUGGAUAUUAAGAACUAAUAUUACGACUAGGAGAAUGUUGAAGAAUAUUAAAUAAAAGCCUUUACGUAA